AUGGCAGCCCCCAAUCAGAGUGAGAGCGCGGCUAGUACGAGUGAAGCUUCAGAAGUAAAUAUCGUUAAAAAUGAAGACCCUGAACUAGAUUUUUGUUCUCCUAAUUUUAACCCACAGAGAGCUCUUUACUCGUCAGCAACAGUGGUGCCAUUCCCUAGAUCUAGUAUCAAGACUUUCCCGAACUUAACCAGUUAUGAACAUGCUGUGCGCAGUCGAAGAGAAAAAAAGGCUGAGGACAAAGUCGAAGACUCGGAAUACCCUGAAGUUAAAAGUGAGACGUCUGCCUCUAGAUCUAGUUCUAGAUCGAGGACCUCAACAUUAAAGGAUCGUUCCAAAACUUCAUCCACUGAGGAUUCCCGUCAAGGAAACAGAACAAAACGUGAAACAGAUAGAUCCAGACUUUCUGCAACUGCAAGAAAUGAAACAAGAACCCAUGAUGAGACGUCUUCGCGUUCUGCUUCAGUAUCAACCCGUCAUGCUGAGAGACGUUCAGGUCAUGAACAUCACAGUCACAGGUCUCAUUCUCUGUCAGAUUACGACAGAAAUAGAAAUGUUCAAAAGGGUCAUUGGAAGGAUGAUAAACUAAAGGCCCCUCCUCCAAAACCAAAGGGAAAGACUCAUGAAAAUGAACCGCCUGCUCGUCUUCCUGAGAAGCCUCAGCCUCAACAUUUGUCUGAUAAAGGUGAAGGCUCAUCCACCCCACAAUCUUUGAAGAAGGCAAAAAGGAAUGUGUUCACCCGCAUGGAAGCAAUGGUUGGGCCUUUGAGCCUGAUAAAACGCUGUGUAGAAGAGCGACUCCAAGUUCGGGUCAUGACAAGGCGGGCUGUUGAAGUGGGGAGCAUCUGCAAAGGUUACAUUGUGGCUUUUGACAAGUACAUGAAUUUGGCCAUGAUCGACGUGGAUGAAAUUUACAGACGACCCCGCGUUCUUGGAAAAGUGAGAUCUAGAAGAACCCACAAAAUGCGUGCUGCUAAAGACACUCUGCUGAAGGAGAGGGAAGAACAAACGGCCACAUGGAGGGAAGAAGAAGAAGCCCGUCUGGCGGAAGUUUCAAAGGCCAGCAGUAGCAUGCAGGAACUCUCUCUUGUGCCAGAUAUAAGCUUGUCGUCUCUGAAAGACAUUCUGACCGCAGCGUCAAAGACAGGCGUGGAUGGUGGAGCAUCCACGUCGAGGGAUGCUGACAAGGACAGCUCUGGUACCGGUCCGUCGACAUCAAAAUCAAAGGUCUCUGGAAAGGGAAAGUCUGAUGAUCCUGACGAUUCUCUGACCUCGGAAAGAGCUGUGACCAAAUUUGGUGAUGGGUCGGCGUACCCUCCUUCUGUCACUUUCGGCAGGUCUAUUUUAGAGACAAAUUUGAGCAGAGCUCGGGAACACACCAAAGCUCUAGAGAGUAAGUUCAAGGACAUGAAAAGUGUGUAUCAGGACUUAAAGGCGCCCUUUUCUCCCUUUGAGAGAGAAGCUUUGAUGCUCGGCGUACCCGAUGAGAAUGUGGAAAUACGACACUUGAAUCAGCUCUUCAUCCGCGGGGAAAAUUUGGUGUUUGUGAAUAUUGUUCAAGAGCCUUGAGAGGUUGCUCAGUACUGCCCAGGCAGGCUGUGUAGUUAUAAUUUUAAAAAGUUGCUUUAAGAGACAUUGUUGGUUUUCCUUCAAGUUUUUCAGCAGUGGUUCAACCGUUUAUGAAAACCUGCCGUUAUAAGUUCUAAUGUUCAUGAUCAUCAUCACAUUUAUGUUUUCUGUGAAAUAAGUUGCUUUUUUGCUACCCUCUCUAGUUGUCAUGAAGACCCAGAGAGCAAUCAGUAUUUGUUUCUCUCUCUCAGUUUUUGUCUUCAGGUAUUUUAAAAAAUGGUCGCUUUUAAGGAUAAGUGGGCUA